UCCGGGUCAUGAAUCCGACCAUGUCCACAGCGUAUCCCAGAUAAAACCCUCAGCCCGAUGCUGAGUCCUUAUUUAAUAGCCGAUCGGCACUGUAAUUCUGGAUAAUCAAACACGCAAGCCAUUCAAGGGGCUUAAAUAACUAAAUGUGUUAUCCUUUAGCCCUAAUCUGUCGAUCACAUCACCAUAGUGGAGCUUUGUUUGUCUCCCGAGGCCGAGUAUUGACGGGUCGUCUCUAGGCUAAGCUAUCAGCUAGCCGACUGUUUCAACGUCAAGUUCUGUGAGAUCCAGGAGCUCACUGCCUUCGCCUGAGCAAUCAUGGACUUCGAUAAUAUAUUGUCGAUUGCUUCCCAAAACCAGGGUCUCAGCAGUUUGCAGAAGAAGAGAUACAGCCUCCAGACCGGUCCUCCCAAGAAGGACCCCAAGGUGAAGGGAGUGAACUCCACCGCGGUGCAGGCCUUCCUGAAGAAGAAACAGAUCAACGAUAAAAAGAAAGAGUUAAUCAUGAGGAAAGAGAAGGAGGUCCUGACGGCCAAGCGGGUGGAGCUGAAGUCGGACCGCAAGGCGCGCGCCAUGGCCUCCCGAACCAAGGACAACUUCAGGGGGUACAACGGCGUCCCCAUAGUGGAGGAGCCCAAGAAGAGGAGGUCCAAGGGGGACAGCUCGGACGAGAAGCCCAUGGUGAACUGCUACGACCCCACGGACGAGGACAACUACGAAUACGACCCGUCAGACUCGGAGCCCGAGGAGGAGCCCGAGAGGCCGAUGCGGAGAGACCACGGUAGUAGUAGUAGUAGUGGUGGUGGUGGUGGUGGUAGUGGGGUCAAGGCGUCAGCCAAGAAACCCGCCGGCCCACCCAAGCCUUCGGCAGCCCCCUUGGCGUUUGCAGACCUGCUGAAGCUGGCUGAGAAGAAGCAGUUUGAGCCGGUUGAGGUUAAAGCCAAAGCGGUGAAGAACGAGGGAAGGCUGCGCACGGCAGAUGAGAUCAGGGAGUUGGCACUGGAGCGUAAGGUUAAGAGGCUGGACAAGGGCUCCAGAGACUCGUCGAGGCCGGAGAGGGACAGGGAGAGCAGGCCGGAGAGGGACAGGGAGAGCAGGCCACAGCCCGGCUCCAGCUCCUCUAGGAAAGGGGCUCCGGAGAAGGAGCAUCGAAACGGGAAGCCGGCGAAGAGCUCUUCAGAGAAGUCGGGGGUCUCCAACGCGUCUGGUAAGAGUUCGAGAUCGAUACCGACGGACGCCAGGGACCAUGGUUCCUCUUCCAAGACGUCUCUCAAGGAGCGAGACAGAGACAGACCCAAGAGCUCGCAAAGCGACCGCGACAGACCCAAGACCAGUUUGUCUAAUCCUUCAGGUGCCUUAACCAACAAAGCCCCCACCAGGGGACCACCUUCUGCUCAGAGCAAGCCGGCCCCCAGGCCCCUGCCCGGCCACAGACCCAGCACCGCAAGUGACCUUAGCUCCAGGAAGGGUAACUCCUCCUUACCUCAAGGACGACCGGGACCCAGUCCCUCUUCUUCACGGCCACCCGGCCCGAGACCUCAGCCUCAGGCCUCUGGGCCGGCCAGGCCAGGCCAGGGGGGCUCGCUGAAGGGAGCCCCUCCCAGUAUGGACAAUAAGGUACGAAAGGGGGAGUCCGUUAGACCUGGAGCGAGCUCCAUGGGCAGACCAAACAGUGGAGCCGCGAGGCCUUCGCCUGGCGGCCCACCCAGACCUGGGGGAGGCCCUCCGGGGAGGCCCGGGGGGGUUCCUCAAGGGAGGCCGGGGGGGGUCCCCCAAGGGGGCAGGACUGGGGGUGUCCCCGAGGGGGGUAGGACUGGGGGGGUACCCCAGGGGGGACGGACUGGUGGAUUACCGCAGGGUGGCAGGACGGGGGGUGGGGCUCAAGCCCGGCCUGGAGGAAGCGGUCACCAGGGUCCAUCUCAAGGCGGGGCUAGACCCGGGAAUGCACCGGGCCGAGCGGGGGCCGCGGGGCAGGCCCCGGGCCGACCCGGACUCAACCCGGCAUCGGGUCCCGGGAGACCCAAGUGUACCGUUGUCUCCGAAACCAUUUCCGUGAGCGGAGCUAGACCGGCGAGACCGGGUGGACCUCCGAGACCGGGUGGACCUCCGAGACCGGGCGGACCUCCAAGACCGGGCGGACCGCCCCGCCCAGGCAUGCCACAGAGGCCCGGGAUGGCAGGAAGACCAGCGGCCGUGCCCUAUGGGUCCAUGGCAAGACCCUCAGCGCCGACGCUGCCACCAAUCACGUCGGCCUACAAGAGGAAGUACGAGGAUGAGGAAGACGAGUACGACUCGGAGAUGGACGACUUCAUCGACAACGGGGACAACGAGCAGGAGGAAGUCUCCAAGCACAUCAGGGAGAUCUUCGGUUACGACCGCUCCAAAUACAAGGAGGAGAGCGACUACGCCUUGCAGUUCAUGGAGAGCAGCUGGAAAGACAUGCAGAAGGAGGAAGCCAGGAGUUUGAGAAUGGCCGUCCAGGAAGAUCUGGAGGAGGAGAAGCGAGAAGAAGAUGAGAUCAAGAGACACGCCAAGAGGAAAAAGCUGUGAUGCCCUUACUGCCAUGAACUGCCCCCCCUACACACAUACACACACACACACACACACAUACACACACAUACUCACAGUCAUGCACGCUGACGAUCCCCUCAACUGUUGGACUUUGCCCCCCCCCCCCCCGCCCUCUGUCUUUGUUUAUGUUUACUCCUCAGAGGAUGAGGGUCUUUACAUUUGAAUCUGAGCUGGAAGACGGAAUUCAGUGCAAGCGUUACACAGGACCUCUCUGUAGUCACCAUGUUUCUCUCUGUUGCCUUGUUCUAUUUAUUUUCCCUUCAAGUCAGAGGUCUUAACGAUGGGGGCUGCGUCGAAGGACAUUGGAACAGGACAGGACUGUAAAUACGGCACUAUAAGUGUAAUUUGAUGUAAAAACACUUUUUGUAAAAAAAAUAAUAAUAGAAAGAUCAGACAUGAUGAUGUGAAAUGUUCAACAAAUUCCACUACGGAGCAGACUUGCGGACGCCACCCAGAAAGGUUGCAUUGUUACGUUUUAUCGAUUUAAUUUAAUCCUCGAGAUAAGAUUUCCACAUUGUGGUUUGCAUUUCCAUUUUAAAAGUGGUUGACAGAAAUGAUUCACGCUUCUGGCUUUUAUUUGAUUGUUGUUCAUUAAUUUCUCGUAUUAUGUUGGAGGCUUAGCCCGAGCAACAAAAGCUAUUGUUGUGUGACCGGAAAUUUUGGAGAGUUGUUAUAUCAAGCCAUUUAAUAUGCAUAUUCAGAUACAUUUAUAAUAUAUAUCUAUAUUAUUACAUAUUGAGAUUCAGGGUUAUUAUUUUACCCUAAAAUUGCGCUGCUCGAGAACGGUAUUUAGUUAAUAAUAUGAAGACUAAACUCCAGAUUUGUAUUCUAGGCCUGAGCUGAAGAAUUGUAAGUAAGUCGAGCUUUAUUUCUAUAGCACUUUUUUAUAAAGCAUUGUUAAAACCAACCGUUAGAAAGUGCUUCACAAGAAAAAAUAGUGACAGAAUUAAAAAGUAUAAAGACCAAAGUAAGACAUAACUGUAUAAGACUAGCUGAAAAUGCAAAAACAAUGAAAAAAAUCUGUUGGAAACAAACGCACCCAAAAACAAAAUGGAGAUCAACCUAGGAUUUCAAUUGUCACCAACAUGCUGCAUCAAUAGGAUAA